AUGGAAGAUGACGACGUAAAGCACGCGUUUCAGACCUUAUGUGGCGACUAUGAAGAGCUAUUGGAUGAAGUUACACAGACUACACAAUCUGAAGACGAGCGUAUUGGUCUGGCGUUGUUUAAGAUUGACGAAGCAUGCGCAGCUACCAAUGUGUUGCGGCAAGACGCCCAUCAGAUCCAAGAGCAGCUGCUGAGUGAACUGCUUAGCAACUGUCAUGAGCUUGAGGAUAUUUUCUUGCGCGUGAAUCUUAUUGAGCGCUUUGUAGGACGAAUGCUACAAACGACACGGGAGCUUGAAAAACGCACCGAGAGCGUCAGUCGAGCCACUGGUCCAGUUUUUAAUCCAAACACGAGUGUCAACCGAUUAUUGCGGUCUUUUUCUAUCAAGCGUGGAGCACAAGAUGAAUCAUUGUCCGAUGGUAAAUGGAGUCCCGUAGUCGUCGACUUUAAUACAAAAGAACUCAUAGAAAGGCUGGAGAAGAGUGAUGCACAAGAACUUGGGAUUUCUAUUUCAUCGUCUCUUUCUCCUCCAGAAGAAACAAGAGUACAAGUGUCUUCUAUAGAAGAGACAAAUGAGAACUCACUGACUCAGAUUUAA